CGCUGCGUGUAGUUGUGUAUCAGUGAACUUGUUAUGAUGAGCGGCCACGACCUCUCUCCGAUCUAAGCCUAGUGAUUGUUUCUUGGUUUUUCAUUGUUAAAGUGAAGUGAAGUGCAAUGGCUCGGUUAACGGAGGAAAUGGUGAUCGCUAGAUCGAAACAGUCUGAUCUAUCAGCUAUAAAGAAACUAAACUGCUGGGGCGCCGAACUCGGUGAUGUGAGUCUCAUACGAAGGAUGCCGAACGUCGAAGUUUUGGCGCUGAGCAUCAAUAAAAUACGAACGCUGGGCGACUUCGCGGGCUGCCGGCGUCUCCGAGAGCUCUACGUGCGGAAGAACGAGAUACGUGAUCUGGCCGAGAUACGACAUCUUCGACACCUUCCCGACUUGACCAGUCUCUGGUUGGACGAGAACCCGUGUACUUUACACCCGGAGUAUCGAAUGACGGUGUUGAGGAAUCUUCCGAAUCUCGAAAAGUUGGACAAUGUCGUCGUUCAAGCUGAUGAAGUGCAAGAGGCGAUGCGACGCGGCGUCCACAUUCCAGACUCUGACGAUGAAGGAUACCCCCAGCAGCAAGAAUCAUACGGUCAGUACCGCAGACAGCGGUCUUGCGAGUCGAGCCCCGAGCGCGAGCCCGAGCUGUACUACGCGCGGUCCGCGGCGCCGCCCGCGCCCGCGCACCCCGCGCACCCCGCGCACGCGCACCGACACGAGUGGGCGCAGGGAAGGGACAGUCCGGCGGAGCCCGAGCCCGCGACCGAGCCCCCGCGCUCUCCGCCCACUCAGCAGUGCCCCGCGUCGCCGGCGCGCCGCGCGUCGCCCGACGCCGACGAGCGCUACGACCACCCCGCCAUGACCACCUCGCAGUACGAGCCGCGCGGCGGGCCGCGCUCGCCGGACGCGGCCGCGCUCCGCCACUCCGUGUCGGCGCACAGCGUCAAGGAGUACUCGUAUCCCACGAACGGCGAGUGGAGACACAGCGGGAACGCGCUCACGUCGCCGCACGAACACUGCUCCGAUAGAGACAGAAGCGAAACUUACUCGGUGCGCGGCGACUGGGAGAGGGAGCGAGACAGGGAUAGGGACAGGGAGAGUGUGCGGGAUAGGGACAGAGAGUAUCCGUCCGCUGUCAUGGCGGAACAUCGCGGCUUCACAAGGAGGCCGGUCGCAAGGAACUCAAACCUCCUAUCUGCUGUCCUGUGUCUGGUCAAAGAACUGGACUACCCGAGCCUCGAGGUCGCCGAGAUGGCGGUGCGAUGUCGCAUGGACGAGCUUGCGAACAGCCAGUGACCCAACGCUGAAGCCGAAAACUGACCGGCGAGCAAUUUUCGAUCUUAAGUCACACACAAUAGAGGCGAUGCGUCGCCUCGUUACGGGAAAUUGAGCUUUUAGUGCAGGCCUAUAGGCAGUCGUUAAGGACUAAUAUUGUGUGUGAUCAAGGAAUAUGAACCUUAAGUGCGACCAGUAAAGUCUAAAUUUGAUUAAAGCUUACUAAUAUGUUACGCGAAGACCUUUUUUUCGUUGUAUAAUAACUAACAGAUUUUUCAAAGGAUAUUGAAUCUUAUACCUAUAAAAUAAAGGUGAUUAUCGCAUAACUAUAUAGAUAAGAUUUAUAUGUAAAAAAUAUUAAUUUUGCGUGCAAUAAAUGAUUUUCAGGCGAUAGAGGGUCUUAUGUGUAUUGGUAUAAAGGCGUUAUUAGCGUGAAUGAUGUUGGUGGUUCCUGAUUGGAUGUUACGUUUGUGUGAUUAUCGUUCGAUGUAUGAAUUGUUGGUGAUGUGUUGGCGUCGAUUUUAACAAAUGUUUGGUAUUAGCUAUUGGUCACGAGGUUGGAUCAAUUUAUGUAUAAAAAUACGAUAAAUUAACUAUUAUAAAUUAGGAGUGUUAGCUUUCUUAAUUAAAUUAGGCUUACUAGCAUAUAUACGCGGCUUUGUCUACUAUUAUAAUUGAAUUAUUUUAUCCCUAUUCCAUCCAAACAUUUUUAUAUAUAAUGUUAUUAAAGGUCCGGCGAAAAUUAAUACUUUUUUUAGGAUGUACUUAGUACUAAGUGCCCUUCCAACUUUGUAUUUAUAUAACUAACCUAACCUAUCCCGUAGAAUAGAUGACCCCUGAAAUUGAAAUAUUCAAUUCUCACCUUAUUAAAUAAACCUACCCGACUACCGGUUCCAAAUAUCCUGUCCGUUUAUAGUCAGUCAGGAUGAACGACAGUAAGUUUAACACAACAUUGCAACGUGACACAUUCAUAUAUAUCGUCCUAGAUGAAUUCGUUUGUCUUUGAACGUGAUUAUUUUGUUAUCAUUCGCCAAAUGUUUGUUCAAAAUCGAUACAGCCUCGUAAUUGUGAUAUAACGAUCGUUUGAGGCUUUAUUUUGAAUUAGCACUCAUUAAUGUUACUAAUAAAGAAUUAUUUUACAUUAUUAUAAUUAGAUAUAUAUUAUUUUUAAAAUAUUUUUAAUGAUUUCUUGUAGAAUUGUUUAUUUUUCUUUUUUGUAUAUAAUAUUAAAUGUUUGUAUUUUCUUAAUUAAAACUUGAUGUACAAAUCAGUAAUUAGUUUUAUGUACUGUUAUUAAAAACCGCAAUUUUUUAUUCUCUUUUAUAAUUUUUUAUCUGUAAUCGUUUUGGUUAUAAAUUUUAAUCUGUUUCUCUUAUUGUGUUGUGACAUAUGGGGGGGGAGUAGUAUAUCGUUUGCUGUGUUAUCUGUGGACAUUACAAAGAUGUUUUGUUAUUAGACUGCAGAGGUUCUAAGGUCUUUUCUGUCUAGAAACACCUUGUCCUCGGAGAGGUCUUAGUCUUUUGACCUAUGCCUGAACUCAGAAACUCACCACAAUUAAGAGUUGUGCUCUAUAAUGUGCCUCGUGUAGCUGGCUAGCCUAUUCAAAAAGGAAGACUUCCAAAGCAACAAUGAAAGUCGGAAAACUCCCUUAAAUGUCUCUAAAUAUCGAAUUCAAACGAAGUGUUCCCAAAUGUAUGUCAAUUUUCUUGCUAAUUAAUUUGCACAGUUAAUUAUUCUAAAUUAAAAACAAUUAAAAACUGUCUAUCAUUUUAUUACUUACAUGACUGUUAACUCACUUACUCAGGUUCAAGGUCAUUAUUUACCCUAAACAGUCCUAUUUGAACUCUAUUACAUAUUUGAAAUUAAUUUAAAUGAUAGAAUACCAGACUUCUCCAAAUGUCGGAAUACAAAACCAAAAUGACAUACAUUAUUACUAAAAAUAUACGAACUAAUUUUAAUAUUUUUAAAUGUAUCGUAGCUAAAAUAUAUUUUAUCCUUUUUCUUUCGAAGAUAUUUUGUCUUGGGAAGAGCGAGAUAGCCGAUUUUUUAUAUUUCAAGGCCAGUGAUUUAAAAAGGAAUUAUAGCGUAUAUAUUAUUAAUACAGUUUACUGUUAAUUAUUUCUUUUUAAUUUUAGAAUAUUAUGUGUUAUCUGUACAAAUUGAUUUGUAAAAAAAAAAAUCUUAUUGAGUCUUAUGAAUACUUAAUUUACUUUUUAAAAAUUUUGAAAAUCUUUUAAACUGAUUCAUUCAUUGAAAUGACAUUGGAUUCGAAUCCAAUAUUGCAAUUUAUAAAAUAUAAAUCUUAUAUUAUUUUGUAUGUAUAUUAAUUUUAAAUUACAUAUAUUGUUUUUGAUUAUUCCGGCUUCAUCGAACCCUCCAAACGUCCUUAAGAUACUUUUGCCCAGCGAUGGGAGUGGGCUCAUACCACUUAUAAAAAUUUAUAACGUAAUCACUAUAUAUGAUUUCAUGUAUGCACAUACGACUUUUUGUAAUUAAUAACGAUCAGUGAAACUGGUAUAUUUAAUAAGGUUAAAAUUAAAUGGAGUAUACAGUUUUUUUUUUUAUUUACUCUAAUGUGAUUAAAUACAUAUUAGCUUUUAAAUGCGGUUGAGAAACUGAUCCAAAUGGUAGUCGAAUAUUUAUAUAAGUACCGUAAAUGAUGCGAACUCGCAGACAAAUGUAAUGUAUGUGUAAAUAUAUUUGUUAUUAAACGUUAUGUAUACAGUGUAAUUAGUUUUUUUUAGUUAAAACUAGGUGUUAGGUCGUUUUUUGUAUGUCUGUAGACAAUUGUUAGAUACGUUUCGCGUAACGUAGUAUGUACUGACAGUUAUGACAAGAGGCAAAUGCAGAGGUUCAAUUAAAGAUGGUCUAAGAAAAGAUUCGGAACAAUGAAAUAAACAUAUAUAUGUAUAUAUUGUGUAGCUAUGGCAUUAUAUACGCACAAAAUGCAAACCCUUUCAGGAUUUUGCUAUAUGCCAAUAUUGUCAGCCAUAUUGGAUUUUAUGUGGGCAAAUAUUUGUCUAUGCUAUGAUGUGUGUUUCUUAUUUAUUAAUAAUUUGUUAUAAAACAGUUAGCAAAAUAAAUUUACUUACAUAUAUGUAUGUAUAUAUACGUAAAUUUAUUCUGCUCGGUUAAUUUUUAUUACAAAAAAUAAAUAGAACUAUUUGAAAAGCAAUUUAUUCUGGAUCAUCAUGAGCCGAUCUGACAAAUCCUGAAAAAUUGUCGUCGAUUUUUAGGACAGUCUUUAUAAUUUGAGUCUGUGUUUCGUUCAAUUGAAUAUUCUUUAAGAACGCUUUAAACAAAUGUAAUAAUAAUCGUUCCUAUAUAAAUACUAAUUUGUAUAAUACCUACUAACGCUAUGAAUAAAGCAAAACUUAUAACUAGAGGUGUUUUCAAAAAUAGCCAGUUGAUCUUAGAGUUAUGAUUAUAUAUUUGUAGAUACUUUAUUCAGAAAUCUAGUAAUUGUAUAUUAAGUGUCAUAUAUGUAUAGUAUCAGUACUUUGUAUUGCGGUAUUCUCAAUUGAAGGGCGAGUGAGCCAGGAUAAUGACAGGUACAAUGGAUCAAGUCAGUUAUGGUUUUGUUAAUAUUUCUUAUAGUACCCCUCACAUCAGAUGCUCAAAAAAAAACCAAUAAAGUCAGAAAUCGUUUUGUUUUUAUUAUUAUUAUCAAUAGAAUGUUCUUUUUUUGUUAUGUAUAGGUUUCUCCAGAGACUGUAACUGUCUUUAUCAGUUUCUUCUUUGUAUUGGUCUUACAUGUCUUAUUAAUAAUGAAAUAAAUGUAUUUACGAGUAAACAAUACUCGCUCGUUGCGUUUAAGUGGAACAAACUGCGUAACGCAGUUAUUUAUGUAUUAAUACUAAAAUCUUCUCCGAAACGAGCAGCAUUUUCUGGUAUAGUUAUAUGUAUCAUGUGUAUAGUGUAUUUAAUGUAAUAUAUAAUAUAAAUAAAUUUAAUUGAAUAAAAAUAUGCUGAUAUUCAAAGUCCAAAAAUGAAAUGUAUAAAUAUUUUUGUCUGUAAGUUCGCGUCCAACAAGUCCCUGGACACCACACUAGAUAACAGAUUGAUUGUUAUAUAAUAAUUAAUUAUUAAUAAAAUUAACUUGCCGACUCUA